AUGGCGAAGAAAGGCUUCCAUCUUUACCACAGACUGCCAGGCCUCGUACCAGAAAGCUGCCUCCUCAUCAUUGUUGGGGUUCUGGUGGGCUGCAUCAUCUUUGGCACAGACCACAAAUCACCUCCGGUCAUGGAUACCAACAUCUACUUCCUGUAUCUCCUUCCACCCAUUAUCCUAGAGGGUGGUUACUUCAUGCCCACCCGGCCCUUCUUUGAGAACUUUGGCUCCAUCCUAUGGUGGGCUGGACUGGGGGCCCUGAUCAAUGCCUUUGGCAUUGGCCUUUCCCUCUACUUCAUCUGCCAGAUUAAGGCCUUUGGCCUCAGUGAUGUUAACCUGCUGCAGAACCUGCUGUUUGGCAGCCUGAUCUCGUCCGUGGACCCUGUGGCUGUACUGGCCGUGUUCGAGGAGGCGCGUGUGAAUGAGCCACUCUACAUGAUGAUCUUCGGGGAGGCCCUUCUCAAUGACGGGAUUACUGUGGUCUUAUACAAUAUAUUAAUAGCUUUCACAAAGAUGCAUAAAUUUGAACACAUAGAACCUGUGGAUAUUUUGGCUGGUUGUGCCCGAUUCAUUAUUGUGGGGCUCGGGGGAGUAUUUUUCGGCAUCAUUUUUGGAUUCAUUUCUGCUUUCAUCACACGCUUCACUCAGAACAUAUCUGCGAUUGAACCACUCAUUGUCUUCAUGUUCAGUUAUUUGUCCUACUUAGUUGCGGAGACACUCUACCUCUCCGGCAUCCUGGCAAUCACGGCCUGCGCAGUGACAAUGAAAAAGUAUGUGGAAGAAAAUGUGUCCCAGACAUCCUACACGACCAUCAAGUAUUUCAUGAAGAUGCUGAGCAGCGUCAGCGAGACCCUGAUCUUCAUCUUCAUGGGCGUGUCCACUGUUGGCAAGAACCACGAGUGGAACUGGGCCUUUGUCUGCUUCACCCUGGUUUUCUGCCAGAUCUGGAGGGCCAUCAGCGUAUUUGCUCUCUUCUACGUCAGUAACCAGUUUCGGACUUUCCCCUUCUCCAUCAAGGACCAGUGCAUAAUUUUCUACAGCGGCGUCCGAGGGGCUGGAAGUUUUUCACUUGCGUUUUUGCUUCCUCUGGCUCUUUUUCCAAGGAAGAAAAUGUUUGUCACUGCUACUCUAGUAAUUAUAUAUUUUACCGUGUUUAUUCAGGGAGUCACAGUUGGCCCUCUGGUCAGGUACUUGGAUGUUAAAAAGACCAAUAAAAAAGAAUCUAUCAAUGAAGAGCUUCAUAUCCGUCUGAUGGAUCAUCUGAAAGCUGGAAUUGAAGAUGUGUGUGGGCAGUGGAGCCACUACCAAGUGAGAGACAAGUUUAAGAAGUUUGAUCAUAGAUAUUUACGGAAAAUCCUAAUCCGAAGUAACCAGCCCAAGUCAAGCAUUGUUUCUUUGUACAAGAAGCUGGAAAUGAAGCAAGCUAUUGAGAUGGUAGAGACUGGGAUGCUAAGUUCCACAAGUUUCUCGAUGCCUCCCCAGACUCAGAGGAUACAAGGAACCACAAGACUUUCCCCUGAAGACGUGGCGUCCAUGAGGGACAUUCUGACACGGAACCUGUACCGAGUUCGACAAAGGACCCUGUCUUACAACAAAUAUAACCUCAAACCCCAAUCAAGUGAGAAGCAGGCGAAAGAGAUUCUGAUCCGCCGCCAGAACACCCUACGAGAGAGCAUGAGGAAAGGCCACAGCCUGCCGUGGGGAAAGCCGGCUGGCACCAAAAACAUCCGCUACCUCUCCUUCCCUUACAGCGCUCCUCAGUCAGCGUCAGCAAGAAGAGAUGCAAGGCUCGCUGAAUUCACAGUACAUCUGAAGUUUAUAGGAGGGCAGCCAUUCAGCUUUGGUUAUCCAAGAAAUACAAGCCAAGAAGAGCGUACUGGCAGAGCCAGAAGGCUGGCUUCACGGCCCAAGCCCCUCUUUCAUGCCUUGGAUGAGGAUUAUGAAUCUGAAGAGGAAAGCGAGGAAGAGGUUUCACCACUUGCGUCCAGAUGGUCCGGGGAGCACAGAAACCGCAGGGAACACCACAAAUCCCACGGUCCUUUGCUCCAGAGAAAAUAG